AUGAAUCAUUGAACCUGGAGCGCAUACAACUGGAUUUGCACACGUAUCACGCCAUUUGUUUCGAAUAAAUCCCUGUCAUCCUUACUUCACGAUAUUUUAUAACGACUUUAUUCUCAUCGUCUCCUUCAUUAAAGAUAUGACGCUCUCGUGUCACGAAUCGCAUAUUAUUUUCGCAUUAUAUUUAUCAUGGGGUUGUGUAAUGUCGAAUGUGUAGAAAGAAUAGCGCAAUAUCUCGAUGUUCCUCCAAAAAGGCUAGAGAUUUCUAAUAAAAAUAUAAUACUUGUUCCAGAAUGUGAAAAAAAUUCGUCAUCCAUUCAAGGGUUCAGUACUAUUAUACAGGCGCUGGUUGCGAGUUCAAAAUAUUCCAAUAUGAUUUCUAAUGAAAAAGAAGCGCAAGCUUUAACGCAACAAUGGUUAGAAUAUGUUGCAGUAUGCGUCAAUCAUGCUGACCUUCCUACUAAUGCCAAGAGAGUAUUCAAUGAACUAAAUACAGUAUUGAAAGAUGUACCAUACAUUACUGGUACAGAGAAGACCAUUGCAGAUGUUGCACUGUAUUACGUCUUAUAUUCUAUAAUGAAAGGAUUAAGUCAACAAGAAAAAGCUCAAUACAUCCAUGUAUCAAGGUGGUUUGACAAUAUUCAACAGGAAAAAAAAUUAAGACAGGAUUUGGAUCUAAUAUCUUUCAAUUUAUUGCACAUAUUUUUGUAAUAUAAAUCAAAAUUUAAAAAAGGUAAAUAUUUGACUUUUUUAACUUAAAUUUUGAUAAAAAUACAAUUUUUUAAUGUUUUUUCAUCUGAAAACAAAGAUUUGAAAAGUAAAAAUUAUCAUGUAAUAAGAAUCAUUACUAGUAUAAAACUUUUAACAAAUAAAAGUUAGGGAACCUCUCAUAUUGAUGGACUACAUUCAUGUGAACAGACAUUUUGAUAGAAAAAGCACAUGAAAUUUAAUAUUACUAUUUAUAUAUCUGUAUCAGUCAAUGAACUUUAAUAAUCAUACACGUGUUUAGGUACGUACAUGGUAGUAGAUAUAUUAAUAUUUAUUAUUAAGAUUUUCUAAUUUUUUUAAAUGUCAUCUUCAGCACUUAAUUAUUCUUUUUAUACCAUUGAGCAAUGAUUUUUACUUUUUAAAUCUUUAUUUUUAUACAAAAAGACAUCAAAUGAAUGGUAUUUUUAAACAAAAUUUAAGUAAAGCUAGUCUAAAACAAUUUAUCAUUAAAGUUAUUAAUACUGUUCAGUACUUUUCAAUAUCAAAAGUGUGCAGAUCUCUGUAGCUAUUCCAAAAAUUAAUAAACACGAUGAACAUUUUUACCAAA